GCAUCAAAAUAGGGUUUUGUGUUGCCUUUUCACGCAUUUUUACCCCAUUUCUCAGGUGAAAAGUGCCCCUUUCCACGCGAAAAACGUGAACACAAGUGCUCGAGAGUCCUUUGGAUCUGGUGUGAGGCGCCAUGACGCAGUAUUUACCGCCGAAUUUGCUGGCUCUGUUCGCCCCACGCGAGCCAAUUCCCUUCCUGCCGCCUCCGGAUAAGCUGCCCCAUGAGAAGAAGUCGCGGGGCUACAUUGGCGUGGGGGCUUUUCUGCAGUUCUUCGAGGACCCCAAUGACACUCCGCCGCCGACUCGGGUGGAGACGCGCGAAGAACGGAUGGAGAGACGUCGCCGGGAGAAGGCUGAGCAGGUGGCGUACAAGUUGGAGAGGGAGAUCGCCCUGUGGGAUCCCCACCAGGUGAAGCACGCCACGGAAGAUCCCUUCCGGACGCUGUUCGUCUCAAGAAUUAACUACGAUACAUCAGAGUCAAAGUUGAGACGUGAAUUUGAGGUUUACGGCCCAAUAAAGAAGAUUAUCUUGAUUCACAACACAGAAGAUGGUCGACCACGAGGUUACGCUUUUAUUGAAUACGAACAUGAACGGGACAUGCACUCCGCUUAUAAACACGCUGAUGGUAAGAAAAUUGAUGGGAAGCGCGUGUUGGUGGAUGUUGAGAGGGCCAGGACGGUGAAAGGAUGGCUGCCCCGUCGCUUGGGUGGCGGACUUGGAGGAACGCGCCGCGGAGGACCAGACGUGAAUAUCAAGCAUUCGGGACGGGAGGACAAUGAACGCGAGCGGGAGCGCUAUCGCAUGGAGCGUGAGAAGGAGGAGCGCGAUCGUCGCGAUCGAGACAGAUUCGAGAGGCGUCGCAGUCGAUCUCGUGAGCGCGUUCCACGUGAGCGUGAGCGAUCGCGGCACAGGAGUCGAUCGCGUGAGCGCAGGAAGCGUCGCAGCAGAGACAGGAGCGACUAUGAGGACAUGGAGCGCGAUAGGAUGCGCGAUCGCGAUCGUCGUGAUCGCGAGAAGAAGCGCAAGAGGUCGCGAUCACGCGACCGCGACAGGGCGGACAGGAAGAGGGACAAGCGUGACAAAGAUCGCGAUCGUGAUCGCAAGGAGAGGAAGCCAGAGUUCCGAGAAGGAGACAUCAAGAUCAAGGAGGAGCCACUCGAUGAUUAUCCUGAUUACUCGGCACAGUACGCGAAUUACCAAAAUGACGUGAAGUAUGAAGAGGACGAGGAAAAAUAUCGUAUCCCGGAAAAUGGACAGUCGUACAGCCAGAGUGACUGAGAAACGAGCGAGUGGAGUAGAAUUGUGAAAAAUUAUACUUAAAAUUGUAAUAUUUGGCAAUGAAUUGAGCAAAUAAAUUCAGAUUUCGC